AUGGGCCGACAUGGUAUCUUCAAUUGCCCGCGUCAUCUGCAAGGCUCCAUAAAUGGCUGCCAUGGGGACCGCUCCUCCACGCUCUGGCAGGCAUCCCUGCCCUUGUGGCCGAUGCAACCUGACAUUGCUUCUGUGUCGACGGAUCGUCCUGAUCAGCAAAAGGAGAUUACUGACAUGCAUAAUGAGAUCCGGAGUACCGUGGAACCAAGCGCCAGCAACAUGCUGAAGAUGAAAUGGGAUCCGAUUGCUGCCGACAAUGCUAAACUCUGGGCACAGGAGUGCACUUUCGGUCAUAGCCCACCAGAAAAAAAACACGCCAAUGGAAUAUUAUGCGGGGAAAAUAUCUUCAUGUCAGCUGCGCUGUCCUCAUGGCCUAAAGCGAUUGAGGCUUGGCACAGUGAGGAGAAAGAUUUCAAGUACGGUACUGGAAGUGCAACGGGUGCUGAAACUGGCCAUUACACACAGGUGGUCUGGUACAAAUCCUACAUGGUUGCCUGUGCCAUGGCCAAGUGUUCUCAUCACUUAUACGAAUAUUUCUACGUUUGCCAUUACUGCCCUGCGGGAAACGUGAUGGGAGAAAAUUUGUAUAAACCUUACAAAGAAGGGGAUCCAUGUGGAGAUUGCCCCAAUGCUUGUGAUGAUGGACUUUGCACCAAUCCUUGCAGACGGGAGGACCAGUACUCCAAUUGUGCCAAAUUAAAGAACAAAUUUACCUGCGGGCACCCGAUCGUUGAGAGCUACUGUCCUGGAAGUUGUCAGUGUACUACAGAAAUACAAUGAUUCCCUUUUUUUUUUAAGAAAAAGAUCUUUGAACUCUGAAGAGCUCAGCUUAAAAAAAAUAAGGCAAAUGAAUACAAAUGGCAUAUUUAUCAAAUAAAUGUAGUGCUUGCUGCAAAUUAAGCAUAAAGAUUAUGCAUUGUAA